GUCCCGGCCGGGCUGCCAUUGGCUUAGCGGCCCCAUCCGGGCACUUGGCGCAUCGCUGCUGCUCAGCCCGAGCGCUCCCAAUAUGGCGGAGGCUUCCUUUGGGAGUUCGAGCCCAGGUUUGUCCCGUUCAGUUCCUUCUUCUGUGAUUCCGGCAGUGGGAAGCUUUUGGUUGGCUCUUUAUCUUCUGAGGAUCAUGACUUUGACCCUACAGCUGAAAUGUUGGUACAUGACUAUGAUGAUGAAAGAACUCUUGAAGAGGAGGAAAUGAUGGAUGAGGGCAAAAAUUUCGGUUCUGAGAUUGAAGACUUAGAAAAGGAAGGAAGCAUGCCCUUAGAAGACUUAUUGGCAUUCUAUGGCUAUGAACCGACAAUUCCAGUUAUAGCAAGUUCCAGUGCAGAUAGUUCCCCAAGUGAACUUGCAGAUGAACUGCCAGACAUGACUUUGGAUAAAGAGGAAAUAGCCAAAGACCUAUUGUCAGGAGAUGAUGAAGAAACACAGUCUUCUGCUGAUGAUUUGACACCAUCGGUUACUUCACAUGAAACUACAGACUUUUUCCCUCGGCCUUUAAGAUCAAAUACUACAUGUGAUGGUGAUAAAGAAUCUGAUGGUGAAGAUGUGGAAGUGGAUGCGGGGAAUUCAUCUGAAGAUUUGCGGAAGGAAAUAAUGAUUGGUGCACAGUACCAAGCAGAAAUUCCACCUUAUUUGGGCAAGAGCAGCAGCGAUUAUGAAAAGGCAUAUAAACAUGAAGACCAGCUACUUUGGCAGCCUGAUAUGAUUUCAGAAAAUAAAGUUAGAGAGUACCUUUUUGAGACCUCUUUGAGAACUGGAAAUGAAAAAACGAUUGGCAGAAUUCCUGAGGGAAUGCAUACAAGAGAUAAUGAACAGGCACUCUAUGAACUUUUCAAAUGUAACCACAACGUAAAAGAAGCAAUUGAGAGAUAUUGCUCCAACGGAAAGGCAUCUCAAGAGAUGACAGCCUGGACAGAAGAAGAAUGUAGAAACUUUGAACAUGCACUUCUGAUUUAUGGGAAAGAUUUUCAUCUCAUACAAAAAAAUAAGGUGAGAACAAGAACAGUUGCUGAAUGUGUAGCAUUUUACUACAUGUGGAAGAAAUCUGAACGAUACGAUUACUUUGCACAGCAAACUAGAUUUGGAAAAAAGAGAUACAACCACCAUCCUGGAGUCACGGACUAUAUGGACCGGUUGGUGGAUGAAGCAGAAGCUCUUGGUGGAGCUGUACAUUCUUCAGCCAUAACGUCAAACAGCAGAUCGGAGCCCACGCCUGACCAACAGCUAAGCAUUCUGAGCUCUAUCACUGCCAAUGAUUUGACAGCACUGACCAACAGUGUAGCCACAGUCUGCCACUCUACAGAUGUGAACUGCUUAGAUGAUGCCUUCCCACCUCUGGACAGCUUGCCUCGGACAGCAGUUAAUCAUGUGCCUGUUGUAACAGAAGAUUUGCUUAACUUGCCUAGUAAUGGUGAAAGUGAUUGUUUUAAUUUAUUUGAGACUGGAUUUUAUCACUCCGAGUUAAACCCAAUGAACAUGUGCAACGAGGAGUCUGAAAGGCCUGCCAAGAGACUAAAAAUGGGAAUUGCAGUCCCAGAAUCGUAUAUGAAUGAUGUUUCUGUGAAUAACUUGGGUGUUGAUUUUGAGAAUCACACGCAUCACAUUACCAGUGCCAAAAUGGCAGUCUCAGUGGCUGACUUUAGCAGUCUAUCUGCAAACGAGACAAAUGGCUUUAUUAGUGCUCAUGCAUUACACCAGCACACUGCCCUCCACUCAGAAUGAAUUUUAUCAGCAAGCUGAAGAGCCAGUGGACACUGUUGGUGGUUUAUGGUAAACUUGAUGGGAAUGAUCAGGUUUGCUUAGUCUUUCACUGGAAGUUUGAACUAUGUGACAUCAGUGAUGUCUUUAUGUACAGAACUAUAUCUUGAUUUAUCAAGAGUAUUUUCACUUUUUUCCAAUCCAUAAAUGUGGAAACUUCAUACGACGUUUAGCAGAGUUUGGGGACUAAGAGAACUCUGUGGUGCAGCUUUAAGCUCUGCUUCCUCUUCCUUUUUUAAACCUGUAAACAGAGACUGAUGUCUCAAAACCAGCACAGAAAUUCUGAACUGAUUGGAGUGGCUUUUUUAGUCUAAGUUGCUUCUGCCGUAAUGGAUGCAGUGGAAAAGCGAUUGUUUACAGGUACCAGUCCUGAUCCCUGUUCAAUGUAGCAUUAAAAUUAAUGAAAAGCAGGGAAAGGUUUAAUUUAAACUGCACAAACAUACGAUAUUUUUAAGCGGAACCUUCUCUCAUACUAAACCAGAGCACUUCAGUUUACAGAACAACAGGUUCAUCUUGAUGGAUACUAGCACAAAGGACUGUAGGAGCACUGUCUAAAAAACGUGUUUGGAUGCUCUUACCAAAUUAUAGGCCAUGGCUACCUUACACAGAAACAAUUACACAGAUUUCUGUAUGUAAACCUAUUGGCUGAAAUAAUACAGUAUACUGUUGGGGUGGGGUGGGGAAGUUGUCCACACUUCUGAGGAGUGUAAUGUGAAAACAUCAAAUGUUAUGUAACUUUUCUUAAGGCCACUGAGAGGUGAGGGUACAGCUUAGGAUUUUCCACUAAUGGUUUACAUCUUAGGACUUGCCUUAAGUUCAGAGCACUGCAGUUCAAUGUGUUAAACUUAUGAGGGACUCUAGAUUCAUAGAUGAUACACAACUUUGAAGCAUCUUCAAGCAUGGAUGUAUUUUUUUUUUCUUGGAUUGCAUUUCAUGUUCUGGAGAGGAAUCUUUGUUAUAGCUGUUUUAUGUUUAUUGCUUAACCUUUCAUUCUAGCUUUGCCUGUCAUUUAUAAUAUUAAUCAAAAGGUGUUAGUUAUGUGUCCCGAAUGACACAAAAAUGUUGAAUUUUCCAACAAUACAAUUGACAUGCAGUAAAACAUGUCUAUUUUUGCACUGGCCACUAUGUAUAUUUAAUUUCCUUUUUAAAAUAUUGCAAUUUUUUUUAAAGAAAAGAGUAAACUUUUCAGUGUUGGUAGUAAUGAUUUCAUGGUUGCACUGCAUAAAUAGAGAAAGCAGAUGCCUUAGUUAAUACUUCAAAGGGAGGGUAUUUAUUCUACAUACUGUGAACUGCAUUGACAUCCUGAGUUUGAGAUGCAGCAAAGUGCUGUGUGUUCUUCAUGGCAUUGUAACAAAGAUGGCUUCAAAGAGUUAAUAUAGCACACGUAACAUUUUAGCAAAUUAAUUUAGCACAGUGGACAAAAGUUGCUGUUGGUGAUCUGUUCUGAAAUAUACAUCUAAAAGCUGUCAUUCUAAUAAGUACACAGUCAAUAAUGGGGUAGCCUUGGCCCUGUGUUGUAUUCUGACGCUUUUAGCCAAAUUGUCGGCUUCUUGUUGCUGUGAUUUGUGCUGAACUCUGUAUCUUUGUUUAUUUUUGUUUUUGAAUCGACUCAUCACAGAUAAUUUUGUAAAGUAACUGGCCAUAUUCUUUUUGUGUUAUACAUUCAAGUUUAUGGGUUUACAGUGGCUGGUCUGUAUAAAAAUCAUUACACCAUGUCUGAAUGCUUAUACCAGUUGCACUUAAAUGACAACACCCAUUCUCAUUAGCUGAUGCAGUACUACGUUCAGUUUAUCUAUGCAUUGCUGGGGUCUUAAUGAAGACCGAGAGUCUAGUUUCUCGUCUAAAGUUUUGAUUGUCAGCAAGUUGAAUGGACACUUUAGUUAUUUAAUAAAGACUUUUGACCAAAAUUCUGAAAUGGUAUGAAAGAACAAUGAAUUCCGGCUAGUUUUAAUAGAUUUUAAUUGCUGAUCUAAUUUAGCCUGUUGGCUAGCUAGCUGGUAAUGUUUACUUUUAAUUCCUUGUUAAAAUGAGGCAAUAAUUUGCAAGAUUAUGUAAAUAUGUACAUUCUGCAUAUCUUUUUAGAUAUCUAUUUCAAUAUUUUCUGACUACUUCUGUGUAUAGUAACAUUUUGUGCAUGCUUGAUGUGACAUUCAUAAAUUUGUACCACUAUGACUUUAUUCAUGUAAAAUAGCUAUUUAUUGAAUUUUUCUUUUAAAAGCUGGACUUAACCUGUUUUUCUCUGUGUUAAACAUUUUAAAUGGAGAACUUGUUACCGUUUAUUAAAAGAAUUGCGUUUGAGGGAGAGCAUGAAGAUGGCAGAAUUGCAACCAUAUGAAGAAAUCUACAUUGCCUUGAUUCAGUGUGGGUAAAGCACAAUUCUUCUAACAAACUGUGAUGACUUCAUUGUUCAUUGCUGAAUAUAUUAUCUCUCCUCUCCUUUUUCAUAAAAACAAACCAAAAAUCCAUCAUGGGCAAUUGCAGUUUGGUAGAUGUAUCACUUAACUACAGGGAUUCUGAAAAGGAUAGCUGAUUCACAUAGAAGUGUAACUGGUGCUGUGAUUAGAGCAAUACUUUUACUUUUGUUAAGUCAUUUCAUUUUCUCAUCGUUAGCUUUUUAAAUGCUUAUUUUUCCCCUCUUGUUAUGGUCAAACCGCUGACUUUACUUGAAGGCUGUACAAUACUGUCUGAAGUAUACUAAAUUGUGUACGAUUGGGUUGAUAUGUGCAGUUUCCUUAUAAAACCAAGUCAAAACCAUAUGUUAAUUUCAGAUCCAGUAGUGUAUUAGAAAUACAGUUUAAUUUUAACCAAAGUCUUUAGUGGGUAUUUCAAGUUUGAAUGUAAACUAGUGGAUAAACUGACCAAUAGAAGACUGUUUGCCCAGUGUUAAAAGCACAUUGUCUAUAAAUGAGAAACUGAAUUUACAUAGUAUCAUGGUUAUGAUUUUUCCAUGUGAACGGGAAAACUUCUCAGUAGUUUUUUUUUUUUUUGCUAACAGUUAAGGUCUGCAGUCCUUCCUGAAGCAACCAGUAAUUCCAGUCAUUCCUAGAUUCAGGUUGGAAUCCCCUGUGCAUAGCAAAAUAAAUUAGUGACAAUCGCAACCAGUUUUAGUAUUGGAUGCCCAAGAGGAAGUUGCUAUUGUUGCAUUGGUUUUAAUAUUUGUACAUAAACACUGAUUUUUUUGAACAUUAUUUUGUAUUUGUUGUACUUUAAUACCUGGUGUACAGUUCCAGAAAUAAAUGUCUGGAAACCCUU